AUGGCUGGUUACUACGGCGUCAGGAGAUCCUUCACAACUGAGUUGGAUUUCCACAACACGAAGCAGUUUGUCAGUGAUGUCUGCUCAUCUUCUCUAGGGUCCAAGCCCUUCUCGUGUGAUUCCUCUGCCACUCAGGGCUACUCGGCACUUCUAGACCCAUAUCUCACCGACCAAUAUGGGGAUUACCAUGCUACUCCCCUCGCAGCUGGUACCAGCUCCUUCUUCAGCCCUUCUGUGCCCACUCUCCUACCAUCCUUCCAUAAUGACACAGCGCACUUCCUACUAAGAGAUUCCUGGGAGCAGACCUCACCCAACAGUCUCAGUCAGUCAGACAGCGCGUGCUCAGACCCUCUUCAAGCACUACCUGCCAGUGCCAGCUGCCUCUCCUCACAUGAGUCCGGAGAUGUUUCCCCAUAUCGAAGCUCAGGUUGGACCCCAGCCAUCCCUGGAGCCCAGCCUUACCCUCUGCCUCUUCUUGAAGAUGUCCACUAUUCCCCCAGCUAUGCUGCCACCUCACCCUACUCCUUCUCACCACUCAUGACCGUGGCAAACGAGCUUACCUCCAGGAUGAACCACAUCUCACCAGAGCAGUCCUCAGAGGUACCUCCUCCUCAUGAUAAUUCUGCCUGGGCAAAAGAGGAUGGAAGUCCCAUCUGGGGGGCUUAUGAAGGCCGGAGAACUUAUUGA